AUGACGUCAGGCGCUCCUCCAACGUAUGAGGCUGUGGAGCAGGAUGGGGACACGCAAGCAGACCGUCCACCACCGUUUCGACGACGCUCGACGACGUUGAACGAACAGACAGGCACACUAGACACUCAAGGCGACGGGGUCAAGGCCCAUUCCCAAUUUGGCUCGGAUGGACGGCUCGACAUCGAUCUCGAGCAGGUGGACUCGAAGCUUGUGCGACAGUUCGAACGCGCCGAGCUCGAUGCGGCUCAAUCCGAAGAGGACGAUGCACAGCGCACCCUUUCGAAGUCGACAGUGAUUCCAGGACCGCUGAACAUCGUCAUCCAAGUUGUCGGCUCGCGUGGAGAUGUUCAGCCAUUCGUCGCGCUUGGCCUGGUGCUGAAGAACCAGUAUGGCCACCGCAUCCGCCUUGCGACUCAUGGCACGUUCAAGAAGUUUGUCGAGGACAACGGCCUCGAGUUCUUCGACAUCGGUGGCGAUCCGGCAGAGCUGAUGGCCUUCAUGGUUAAGAACCCUGGCCUGAUCCCGGGAAUGAAGUCGCUUCGCGAGGGUGACAUCGGCAAGCGAAAAAAGGGCAUGGCCGAGAUCAUGCAGGGUUGUUGGAGGUCAUGCGCUGAUGCCAGCGAGGCCGUCACCGACGAUGAGCUUGGCGACCGCGCUGGCUCACGCUCCCCCAGACCAAAGCCGUUCGUUGCACACGCGAUUAUCGCCAACCCACCGAGCUUUGCGCACAUCCACUGCGCGGACAAGCUGGGCAUUCCAGUGCACCUGAUGUUCACCAUGCCCUGGUCACCGACCCGUGAAUUUCCUCAGCCGCUCGCGAAUAUUCGGUCGUCGGACGCCAGCGGCUCCGCGACUAACAAGAUGAGCUACACGAUCGUUGAGAUGAUGACGUGGGAAGGCCUCGGUACCGUGACCAACAAGUUCCGCGAGGAGACGCUGGGCUUGCCGGAGCUCUCGCAGGCGGCCGCCACCACUGCUGUCCAGCGCCUCAAGAUUCCCUAUACCUACUGCUGGUCGCCAGCUCUGAUACCCAAACCGAAAGAUUGGGGUCCGCACAUCGACAUUGCGGGCUUCUACUUCCUCUCGCUUGGCACCAAGUACCAGCCUGAAGCUGAUCUGGCUGCGUUCCUCGCUGCUGGCCCGGCCCCCGUAUAUAUAGGGUUCGGAUCGAUUGUGGUCGACGAUCCUGACGCCAUGACCAAGCUCAUCUUUGAAGCGGUUGAAAAGACAGGCCAGCGCGCCUUGGUGUCUAAAGGCUGGGGAGGCAUCGGCGGCGACGAAAUGGGCAAGCCAAAAGACGUGUUCAUGCUGGGCAACUGCCCGCACGACUGGCUGUUCAAGCAUGUAUCGUGUGUGGUUCACCACGGCGGGGCCGGCACUACAGCCGCAGGGAUCGCGCUCGGCCGCCCAACGGUGAUCGUGCCUUUCUUCGGCGAUCAGCCAUUCUGGGGCGCGAUGGUAGCACGCGCGGGUGCGGGCCCAAGCUCGAUCCCCUACAAGGACCUCACAGCGACCACGCUUGCGGACGCGAUCGGCGAAGCACUCAAGCCCGAAACUCUCGAGCGCGCACAGGAGCUCGGUGAGCGCAUCCAGCACGAGCAGGGUGCCGAAGCGGGCGCCGCCAGUUUCCAUGCGCAGCUGGACCUCGAGCGCUUGCGGUGCAUGCUGGCUCCCAGCCGUCCUGCAGUAUGGCAGACCAGGACGAAAGGUCUCAAGUCCCAGGGCGCGAGGCUGAGCGCGUUCGCUGCCACCGUGCUCAGUGCUGAAGGCCUACUUGAUAUCAAUGAGCUCAAGCUCUACCGACCGUGCGAGUACGGGAUUGAGGACCUGCAGGGCUAUGCGUCUAUGAGCGAUGCGAACCCUGCACUUAGUAUGGCGGGCACGGUCGCGAACCGAGUGGUGCGAUGGCCAGUCAACGUUGGCAAGGCGUUAGGUGGCAUCGUGUGGGAGCCGACGAAGGGCGCGAGAGACGGCGGCUGGCGCGGAUUCAGCAAAGGCCUCGGCAAGGGUCUAGGCGACUUUGUCUUUCCCCGGAAGGGCCUGUACCUCGGCGGCUUCCGCUACGGUGUUCGAGCGCUGUAUGAAGUGCUCAAGAAGCGCUACGGCGACCAGAAGCUCGGCUUCAUACUGGCGACACAUUUCGCAGACGGGUUUGAGGAGAUGCAAAAAGCGACCGAGGAAGAGCGUCAAGAGGUCCUGCGGCGCUGGGCUGAGAUACCGGCUGAGAAGAAACCGGAGGCCAGCAAGAAGUCCAAGAAGACCAAGUCGGUGCCGGCCAGAAAGUCAAGCGACACGCCUGCCGCGCACAGGGUGUCUGUGGCACCGAAGUCAAAUGAUCUACAGGAUCACAAAGGCGUGGAGAAGAGCGCUUCGUCGCCUGUUGUCGAAGGCCCUGCCAGCAUAUAA